GUACGACAUCUAAAUUGUUCCGACAACACCAAAACCGAGCUCGCGAGUCUCCAGAAUAGAUCCGACUGCUCGUAGUUUUGCUCACUUUUAACAGUCAUAAUGGCGUCUGGCGAGGAUGCCGCUGCUGUGGAUCCCAGAACAACGAAGUUACACUUUACUCUGAAGGAACUGAGUCUCUCCGCACGGAGCGAAGCGGCCACACCGGGGGGUUCGUCUCUCGUGGAACUGCGGAACAAGAAGCUGGUGUGCGUGGAGUAUCCUGGGAUGGUGGCCAGCGUGGAAAGGAUGCUGGAGACUCUGGGGGGAGAACAGACGGUGACCAAAACCUUCAGUGACCCUAGCAGACGUCUGGAGCUGCGCUUCCGACCCCAAGACCCCUUCUGUCACGCUGUGUGUGGAAACCGGCUUCCAUCAAGCAACGUUCUUCUCAGGGUGCGACGGCGGGUGCGAAAAAAGGACCCCAAGGAUGCUCAGAUCCAAAUGGAUAUAUUGGGAAUCAUUGGAACAACAUAUAAGUUCCAGGGGAUGGCCGACUUUCAGUGUCUUGCUGUAGAUUCCAAGGAUGGAAAUAACACGUCUCUUUACGAUAAAAUCAUCCUCCGUAAAGCUGAGAAUCAAGCCUUCUUUGAGCGGGACGUGCCUUACUUCCUGCCCCCGGCCAUUUUCUCUCGCCUCGACAGUCCUAUCGACUAUCAUUACCGGCCUGAUGUCAUUAAUAAGCUCAGUUCAUCUCUCCCUUUAUCCACCUGCAAGAACUUUAUUGGUUUGAAUCGACCCCGACGGCCUCACAACGCCAUUUUCGUCAGCUUCAACGAUCCCACAAUACCACACGAGUGCCUGGAGGCUGCCCGGGUCAAUUGGGGUAGACUUUCUCUGAAGGAGAUGGACAAACAGGCCGAGGAGAAGGUGAAAAAGAUGUUUGAGAGCCGUCCCAUCUGGUCUGGGAGCGCCCUCAAGGCCAACCUGGACAUCCACCGCGACAAGCUGAAGCUGCUGCUCCCUGUCUACGCCUAUUACAUGGUGACCGGACCCUGGAGAACCUUGUGGAUCCGGCUCGGCUACGAUCCCAGGAAGAACACAGAGGCCAAAAAAUACCAAAUACUGGAUUUUAGGAUCCGUGUGAGCUUUAAGCAUGGCAACACUUUACCUGUGAAAGCCAAGAGGAGCACCCUUAUCUCUCGUCUGCCAACCACGUUCAACAAAACAGCUCCUCCAUCUGCUAGUCUGAUGGAUAUUCCUGCACCAGAAGCACCGAGCACCAGUCUCCCAUCUGCUCAGGUCUCCUACCAGCUGAAGGAGUCUGCUUACAUCUUUAGGGAAGGGAUGCUUCCUCCUCACAGGCAAAUGUUCUACCAGCUUUGUGAUUUGGAGGUGGACAGUAUCAAAGAGGUGAUAAAUCAGAACAACGGUCAGGAGCAGGUGUGUGACGAGCGAGAUGGCUGGUGUGUUGUUGGAACCACAGACAAGCUGAGGGACAUCAUGUCUGCAAUGAUUAAAAAUGUGGCGAAAGAGCAACAACAAGAGAUGCCAGAAAGUUUCCCUAAAAGAAGGAAAGGCACGGUGAAAGAUGGAGACAAUGAAGAGGAGGGAGAUGAAGAGGAGGAGGAGGGAGAUGAAGAAUGUGAAAACAAAGAAGAUGAAGAGGAAAAUGAGGAAGAUGAGUUUCAGCCAUCUGAAGGAAGCGAAAAUGAGAUGGAGACAGAUAUGCUGGACUAUAUGUAACAAAAUCAUGAAAUGGUUGGUUGAACUGUUUUCCUUUUUUUAGGGGAAUGUAAAUAAAUAACUGCAACAUAU